AAGAACAACAUUCUUCUUUCACACACAAACAAACACCCUCAACUCAACCACCUGAACAAUUUCUCAGCACCCCACACCUAAAAAUCAGAUUUUUUUCGCUUUUGUUCUAUUCAAACACUAUUGGGUAUCUUAAAAAGGGUUUCUUUCUCUCAGAUUCACCAGAAGAAGAAAAAAAAAAAAAAACAUAAAAAAACAAAACCCAUAACACUAUGAAGAAAUUGAAGAACUACUACAUGCACCUGAGGCAUCAUCAUCAUCCACAAUCAUCAGAGCGAAAAUGGGUUUUCCCACUAGCGAUUGGUUCUAUGCUCUCUCUCUUCCUCUUAUUCGUGGCAACUCUAACCUCACCUGAAGGAACACCUAUUUUCCCAUUCUACCGUUCCGUCACCGCUUCCUACUCCGUCUUCGUCGAAUCCAAGCUCCACCCAUUACCCAUCUCCGCCGUUCCUCCGCCGCCGAGACUCGCCUAUCUCAUCUCCGGUUCCGUCGGCGACGGCGGUGCCAUAAAGCGCGUGCUUUUGGCGCUAUACCAUCCCCACAACCGCUACGUGGUGCAUUUGGACCUUGAGUCCUCGCAAGAGGAGCGCGUGGAUCUGCAAGGGUUCGUGAAGAACCACGCGCUGUUCCAGCAGUUUGGGAACGUGAGGAUGAUCGCUAAGGCGAAUCUGGUUACCUAUAGGGGACCCACCAUGGUGGCUAACACCCUCCACGCGGCGGCGAUCCUCCUUAGGGAAUGUGGGGAUUGGGAUUGGUUCAUUAAUCUCAGUGCCUCCGAUUAUCCACUUGUUAAUCAAGAUGAUCUGCUGCACACGUUUUCUUACUUGCCUCGCGAUCUUAACUUCAUUGAUCAUACUAGUGACAUUGGAUGGAAAGAUCAUCAGCGUGCAAGGCCAAUAAUCAUUGAUCCAGGGUUGUAUAUGAAUAAGAAGCAAGAUGUGUUCUGGGUUACACAGAGGAGAAGUAGACCAACAGCUUUCAAGCUUUUCACAGGUUCUGCUUGGAUGGCACUCUCAAGAUCUUUCGUUGAUUACUGCAUAUGGGGAUGGGACAACCUACCUCGGACUGUUCUCAUGUACUAUUCAAAUUUCAUAUCUUCCCCUGAAGGAUACUUCCAUACAGUUAUCUGUAAUGCUCAAGAGUUCAGGAACACAACUGUUAAUAGUGAUCUGCAUUUCAUUUCUUGGGACAAUCCUCCCAAGCAACAUCCUCACUACCUUACACUUGCUGACAUGAAAAGUAUGGUCGGCAGCAAUGCUCCCUUUGCUCGGAAGUUCCACAGAGACGAUCCAGUAUUGGACAAAAUUGAUGCCGAACUAUUAUCCAGAGGUCCCGGAAUGACUGUGCCCGGAGGUUGGUGCAUAGGAAGCAGGGAGAAUGGCACUGAUCCCUGUUCUGUUGUUGGUAACUCCACAGUCCUGAGGCCUGGCCAAGGUUCCAAAAGGCUCGAAACAUUAAUCAGCUCAUUGUUGUCAGAUGAAAAAUUCCGGCCUAGACAGUGCGUAUGAGAAGAACCAACACGCAACCGCGGUGUUCUAGAGGUUAUUUUCCAUGCCACUGGCUUCAUUAGUUAGCAUGAUCAUUAAGUUAGUGUUUCUUUCCGGUAGGAAAAGAAAUAGUGAAAAUAUACACAUUGUCUUUUUUUUUAUUGAGAGACACAAAUCUAGUGAAAUGAGAUUGUCUACAGAGCUGGAUCACACGUUGUAAUACUAUGGUAUAUAUAUAUAUAUAUAACAGCUGACUCUGUAGCCCCCUGGUCACCUUUUCCUUUCUUUUUCAC